AUGGUGAGUACAAGGUGGAGCUUCUUAGGAAGAAAAUUGAUCAUAUCCCCCCCCCCCCAUCCAACUCCUUCUAUCAUAUGGUGUAAAGAAGUUCCAAUUAAAGUCAUCGGCUUCAUGUGGCGUCCAGUUCAAGGGCGGAUACCCAUGGCUAUGGCUCUUUCUCAUCGUGGGAUUGUUCUACACUCGUGGUGUGGAGUUGAUAAUUCUCAGUUUACUAGCGUCGAUGAUCUGAUUAAUUACGCAAACAAUUGGGGUAGCUCUUUGGGCUUUAAACCCCCGUUUCCUUGUUUGAUCAGGCAAAGGAAAUGGAAAGAUACGAAGGAAAGCAGUCGAACACGGAUGAACGGCAGGUGGCACGAGGUUUCAGUGAUCGAUCGCGAGAAGGGUCGCCUUCUCCGAGGUUCGACGAGACCGAAGGGUAAAAGCCUCGAAGCUACUGUGGUCUCUGUGGGUGCAGCGAGGAGCUUCUCAAGCAGCUUCUCGGUUGCUUGCUUCAGUCCCGAUAGUUGGUUGCGUAGGAAAUACGAGGAAGAGGUACGAGAGGCAAGAGUUGGUUCGAUUGGAGCGACAGCAACCCCGGGAGGGUGUUUGGCGGCAGUUUUUCGACAGUGGGAAAAGAGGAAGUGCGAUGAGAUUUCGAUUGGGAACUAUCUCGACACCGUACCGCUUUGCGAUCCAGGUCACGUUCGAAACGCUUUCGUACUCGAUUGGGAAGGUAUGAAAAAGAAUGAUGGUGAUGAGGCUGUUUUGCUGCUUGAGAUCAAAAGGAAGAAGAAGAAACGAGGCUGCGAUCGUUACAAAGAUAGAGAAGGGCAACAACCAUCUUCUUUGGCUGAAGAUCCAGAAAGUUCUAUGGCUGAAGAUCUAGAAACGGGAAAGAAAUGGUACAAGAAGAUAUCUUUUUUUUUUAAUAUAUAA